CAAUGGGGCAGAGGCGCAUUUUUAGCACCUUCCCCCUAUAAAACGGCGCGGGCUGCUGCCAGCGGUAGUCCGCAAAGAAGCUCGACCUGCAAUUGCACAGCGCAGGCUAUGAGUCUACUCUAGACAUUAUAAUUCGCAAGGAUUUUAACGAUGACAAAGUCGUACACAGAAAACAUGAUGCCAGACACCCAGAGCAAUCCCAGUUGGACUGACGACUGCCUCAGUUCCCAGGAUGAGCACGAAGUCGACAAAAAGGAGGAUGAACACGAAGCCAUGAGUCUCUCCUUCAAGGAAGAGAGAGAAGAACUUGAUAAGAUGGGGGAGGAUGAUGACGAGGAGGAGGAGGAGGAUGAAGACGAUGAUGGUGAUGAGGAGGAAGUGGACGAGGAUGAAGAUCAAAAACCUAAACGGCGGGGGCCGAAGAAAAAGAAAAUGACUAAAGCCAGACAGGAAAGGUUUAAAAUGAGGAGAAUGAAAGCUAAUGCCAGAGAGAGGAACCGCAUGCACGGGCUGAACGCAGCAUUGGACAGUCUGCGGAAAGUCGUGCCCUGUUACUCGAAAACCCAAAAGCUCUCCAAGAUCGAGACUCUGAGACUGGCUAAGAACUAUAUCUGGGCUUUGUCGGAGAUUCUGCGUUCAGGAAAGAGCCCGGACCUUGUAUCAUUCGUCCAGACGCUUUGCAAAGGCUUAUCCCAGCCCACCACUAACCUAGUCGCUGGCUGCCUUCAGUUAAACCCGCGAACUUUCCUUCCAGAGCAGAACCAGGACAUGCCGCAUAUGCAAACGGCCAGUGCUUCCUUCUCCGUACACCCAUACACGUACCAGUCCCCUGGUCUUCCGAGUCCGCCCUACGGUACUAUGGACAGUUCCCACAUAUUUCACGUCAAGCCGCACAGUUAUGCAGGGGCACUGGAACCUUUUUUUGAAAGCACUCUCACUGAAUGCACUAGCCCGUCCUUCGACGGACCGUUAAGUCCACCUUUAAGCAUCAAUGGGAAUUUCACUUUUAAGCACGAGCCUUCUCAAGAGUUUGACAAGAACUAUACUUUCACCAUGCACUACCCCGCAGCAACGUUGGCCGGGCCCCAAGGACACAGCUCCAUGUUUUCUGCCACGACCCCUCGGUGUGAAAUCCCCAUAGACAACAUUAUGCCAUACGACGCCCACUCGCAGCACGAGCGAGUUAUGAGUGCCCAGCUUAAUGCCAUCUUCCACGAUUAACAUGGAAACCAGCAACAAUGUAUUGUAAACGAAACGAUUUAAAUGUACUUCUUGAAUAGCUUGUUUACACACGGCAGCACACUGGUAUCACUUGCUGCGGAGUGCAAAUGUUUCACGCUUAAAUUAGUACUUGUAUUUAUUAUUGUUACUGCCUUUAGAAGAAACGGGAAUUGAACGGCUUCCUGUUCAUCUUCUUAACAAUAUUCUACUUAGCGCUUCUCUUUGUGGGCUACAUAAGGAAGUCGAUGUAGCGCCUGUUCAGAAAAUGGUAAUUAUCGAUCCACAUGACAAAAUCACAAGCAAUAAUUAGGAAUCUAUGCAAUUUUUAAACUAAUAAUGGGCCAAUUUAAAAAUAUAUUUUUCAACCAACAUUUUACUACUGUUACCUUUCCCAUGCUGAAUUAUUUUGUUGUGAUUUUGUACAGAAUUUUUAAUAAAUUUUUAUAAGGUCGAUUUCCUAUUUUAACCAUGCAGCUCCAUCACUGUUUUAUAUCAAAAGUAGGAUUAUCUAUAAUUUAUACAAAAAUAAUUUAAUUUUUAACCAGCAGAAAAGUGCUUAGAAUAAUAUUCUGUUGCCUUAGCACUUCCUACCUAUAAAAUCACGCAAGGUUGCACAAUCCUGACAAAUUAUUUUCCCGCUUCAAUCUUUAACUGGUAUUAGAACCUUACCUACGAAACUAACAGGAUGCAAAUCGAAAACAAAUUAAAAAGACAUAUCUUUCGUAGAUCAUAUCAAAAUGAUAUGGCAGUUGCACAAAUGUGUAUAUAAUGUUAUCAAAUACCAAUUUCAGUUUCUUAAAACGGUUGCUUGACUAUCACAAAUCAUUUGCACUGCAUUUCUUUAAAUCAUUUCCAUCAAGCAUUAUCAGAACAGUGAGGCUAAUUUGACUCUAAAACCAGCGAAAGAAUUGUUCCAUGUAUCAACUAAUUGACUUGACAUAAUGCACACGUAGAUAUACACACAUGAACACAUAACACGGCGUCUUAUCAUGAGAGUUAAAAGCUACAGCUAUAAUCAGGCUUAUUAAUGUUGGGCUAUAUAUUAGUUAAUUAGUGCAGUAGCUAAAAAAUCUCACAUUUAUUCAGUAAUUAGAACAAUAGAUAUUGCAUGUACAAUGCAGUCCAGAUGAAGUGCUGUUUAAAGUGUAAUGCUGGUUCAACUGAAAUAAAUUGGUACUGUAAUUUUGUUUGUAAUCCUGUAUUUUAUGAUGUAAUGCCACAACGCAUUGGGAAUUGAAAUCACAUUCAUCCAGUCCUUUAUUGAAAUAGUAAUCUCAUCUUUGUCAAAUGUUGCAUUUUCAUUAAAUGUGAUUUUCCUUAGUGUAUGUAAUUCCUAUGGGAUUAUUGUUUUAUUUUGAUAGCUCAUGAAAGGUGCAAAAUUUAUUAUUUGUAGAAUAAAAGCUGAUUACAACAAACACUUA